CCCUCCCUGCCCAAAAUGGCUUUGGCUUCCCAGCUCGGUUCCUGCUCCCCCGCCGCCGCCUCCUAUCAUCGGCACUGCGCUCGCCGGGCGUCGCCGAUGCUCGAGUGGGCGCGGUGGUGCGUGCCGGGCGGCGCCGCCGCAGGACGGGGCCGUAUCGGGUGGAGGGUUGGGGUGGAUUCGGAUGGAGGAGGUGGCUCGUACCUGGACACGUGGAAGAGCGCGGUGGAGCGCGAGAGGAGGUCGGUCGAGUUCCAGCAGAUCGCGGAGGGGCGCGGCGGCGGCGGCGUGGUGGAGGAUUUGGAGAAGAAGAGCGAGGAGUUCAGGAGGAUUCUGGAGGUGCCGAAGGAGGAGAGGGACAGGGUCCAGAGGAUGCAGGUCAUCGAUCGAGCGGCCGCGGCCAUCGCGGCGGCGCGCUCGAUCGUGAAGGAGAAUGCAAGCUCGGAGAGCGGUAGUGGAAGUGAAAAUGGAAGCGGUCAGGGUGGUGGGGCUUUGGAGGAUGAGCAAAGAGAAAAUGAGACAAGGAUAUCCGUGCCUACCUCUGAAACUUCUGGCGGUGCCACACUGGGUCCAGAUUUUUGGUCCUGGACACCCCCUCCAAAUAGCGAAGACAGCUCAGAUGGGAUGGAUUUGCAGAAGCUGCAGAAGUCUUCCUCGUCCAUGGGUCCGAUGCCUUCAGUUGUCGAGAAAGACCGAUCGGUUGAUUUUCUUCCAAUUCCUUUUGAGAGUAAACUUUUCUCCCCACUUACUCCACCUCUUCAGUCACUGAUGGAGGUUGAGAAGCUGGAUUCUAACACGAGUCAAGAGGCGUCGGCCUUAACAGAGGAUCAUGAGCUUGACCACUUAUUUACAGCACACGCUGCUGAAGCAGCCAGUGCACUGGAUGAAGUGGAUAUACUAACAUCAGAAGGAGUGAAUUUAGAUGGAUCGAGGUGGUGGAAAGAGACAGGAUUGGAGAGGAGGCCCGAUGGCGUGCUUUGUAGGUGGACAAUGACUAGGGGUGUCAGUGCUGAUCAAGUCACAGAGUGGCAGGAGAAAUUUUGGGAGGCUGCCAAUGAGCUUGGUCACAAGGAACUAGGUUCUGAGAAAUCUGGGCGUGAUGUCUAUGGAAAUGUUUGGCGUGAGCAUUGGAAGGAGUCUAUGUGGCAGAAUUCAGGAAUUGUACAUCUCGAGAAAACUGCUGACAAGUGGGGCAAAAACGGAAAAGACGAAGAGUGGCAAGAGACAUGGAAGGAACAUUAUGAUGCCUCAGGCAAAGCGGAGAAAUGGGCCCACAAGUGGUGCUCUAUUGACCCAACAACACAACUUGAAGCUGGACACGCUCACGUUUGGCAUGAAAGGUGGGGAGAGAAGUACGAUGGACAUGGUGGCAGCAUCAAAUACACUGACAAAUGGGCAGAGAGGUGUGAGGGUGACGGGUGGUCGAAAUGGGGCGACAAAUGGGACGAGAAUUUCGAUCCUAACGGCCACGGCGUGAAGCAAGGGGAGGCAUGGUGGGAAGGCAAGCAUGGAGAGAGAUGGAACCGCACGUGGAGCGAACAGCAUAACGGCUCCGGGUGGAUCCACAAGUACGGCAAGAGCAGCAGCGGGGAGCACUGGGAUACGCAUGUUCAGGAAGAAACGUGGUACGAGAGAUUCCCGCACUUUGGUUUUUAUCACUGUUAUGAUAACUCGGUCCAGCUCAGGGAAGUCCGCAAGCCGUCUGAGAUGUCCUAAUCAAUUAUACAUCUCCCUAAAGUGCCUGCAGAGACUUUUUUUACUUGAAGCUGAGAAAUAGCGCAUGCCCGUGCAUACAGCCCACUUCCAAAUAGCAAAAUCUGUGUUUUUUGUCGACUCAAGGUCCUGUGUUUGAGCAUACUGUAUCAAUACAUUCAAUAACUUUUUAUCUGCUAUACUGCUACAGAUCCGCAUCAUAUUCAUAUUUUUUUAUUUGAUGCACGAA